AACUUUCGGAAGGGUUGAAACGAGAAUUAACGAGAUAAACCUCUCCUCUGAAUUCUGAUCCCUCUCUCUUGCAUCGAAGCGACUCUGUAGUAGAGAGACUCCGGUGCAUAUGAGACGUUGAUGUGCUUCGACCUGGCAGACCAACGUGGACCACGCGGCGGCGGCGGCAGGCCGGUGAAGGGCGGCGGCGACGGGCGUGCGGCGGCGGCGGCGGCGGCGACGGCAAUGACGGUGGCGGGGGCGUCGGAGCUCAUGUCGGGGUAUUACCAGGCGCAGGAGAUGUCGACGAUGGUGUCGGCGCUGGCGCGCGUCGUGGCGGGCGGCGGCGGCGGCGGCGGCGACGGCGACGGCGACCAGUGGGCGUGGUCGUCGCCGUCGCCGUCGUCGUCAGCGGCGGCGGCGGCGGCGCGUGGCGUGCAGGAGAGGAGGCGGGAGGAGCAGGCAAUGCACGAGCUGGCGGGAUACGCCUGCGGGGGCGCGCCAUCGCCGGAGUUCGCAGGAUCGGAGCAGAGCUCGGACACCCAGAGCGCGAGCGCGGCGACCAUGGACGAGCACCACUCGCCGGUGGGCGGCGGCGGGAACGCGGAGGGGCCCGACACGCCGCGGCGGCGGUACCGCGGGGUGCGGCAGCGGCCGUGGGGGAAGUGGGCGGCGGAGAUCCGGGACCCGCACAAGGCGGCGCGGGUGUGGCUCGGCACGUUCGAGACGGCGGAGGCCGCGGCGCGGGCCUACGACGAGGCCGCGCUCCGGUUCCGCGGCAGCCGCGCCAAGCUCAACUUCCCCGAGGACGCGCGCCUCUACCCGACCGCCGCCACCACCACCACCGCGGCGCCGCCCCCGGCGCCGGUCGCGGCGGCAUCGCCUUCCGCGGCCAUCUACCCCGGCGCCUCCCAGAGCGCCGAGUACCUGCGCUACCAGAUGCUUCUGCAGGGGAGGCUUACCACCGCCACCCCCAACCAAGGCACCCUUCUUCCGUUCUACGGCGGCGGCGGCGGCGGUGGCUCCAUGACCAAUCCCUACGGAGGCGGUGGCGGCGGCGCCAUGAGCGGCUUCCUCGGCUCCUACUACUCUUUCCCUACCCCCUCUGUUUCCGUGGCCACCGUCCCCUCCUCCACCUCCUCCGCGCCGGGCAACUACUACUCGUCCCACGGCGGCUCGCACCAGAGCAUGUCGGCGGCGGAGGAGUGGAACUGGGAGAACGCCCUGGUCUACCCGGCGACGGCGGCGUCAUGGUCGGAGUCGAGCUAUCACCACCACCCGCCGCCGCCGCACACGCAGUAGCCGCCGGAUUCUGUCCUGCUCUCUUUCGCUUCUGGAAGAAUAAGGUAAGCACGGACGGCUGGGAUGAGACGGAGAGACGGAGAUGGACGUCGCAGAUUGUCUGAUCGCGUUCUGCUCUGAUCUUUUUUCUUUUGUUCGUUGAUUAGAUUUGGUGGUAUGGGAAUAUGGGAUGCAUCUCCAUUGUUUUCUCUUUUUUCUUCUUUUUCUUUUUCUUUGAUCAUGUUUUGGGUGCAAAUUAGAAGAGGAAGAACGAUGAGAGGACUAGAUUUGUUAGAUGGAUGUAAAAGCAUGCAUUCUCCGAGUUCUUUAUGAGAGAGUAAUGGUUGGUAACAAGGCACAAAAUCUUUGUCUCUGGUUAUGGUCUUAUAGAAUUGGGUAGACAUGUGAGACAGUUGGAUUGCACAAGUGUUA